GGCUUCUCUCCCCCUCGGAUCCCGGCCGCGAGUCAUGAGGGAGUAGCGUGAGUGGCCACCUCUUCGGAACCAUGGCGUCCCUUUCUCUUGCACCUGUCAACAUCUUCAAGGCUGGCGCUGAUGAAGAGAGAGCAGAGACAGCUCGUCUGUGUUCCUUUAUUGGUGCCAUUGCUAUUGGAGACUUGGUAAAGAGCACCUUGGGACCCAAAGGCAUGGAUAAAAUUCUUUUAAGCAGUGGACGAGAUGCCUCUCUUAUGGUGACCAAUGAUGGCGCAACUAUUCUAAAAAACAUUGGUGUUGAUAAUCCAGCAGCUAAUGUUUUAGUUGGUAUGUCACGGGUUCAGGAUGAUGAAGUUGGUGAUGGCACUACCUCUGUUACUGUUUUAGCAGCAGAAUUACUAAGGGAAGCAGAAUCUUUAAUUGCAAAAAAGAUUCAUCCUCAGACCAUCAUUGCCGGUUGGAGAGAAGCAACAAAGGCGGCAAGACAGGCUUUGUUGGAUUCUGCAGUUGAUCAUGGUUCUGAUGAAGAUAAAUUCCGCCAAGAUUUAAUGAACAUUGCAGGAACAACAUUAUCCUCAAAACUUCUUACUCAUCACAAAGAUCACUUUACUAAGUUAGCUGUAGAAGCUGUUCUCAGAUUGAAAGGCUCUGGUAAUCUGGAGGCAAUUCAUGUCAUCAAGAAGCUAGGAGGAAGUCUGGUGGAUUCCUAUUUAGAUGAAGGCUUUCUGUUGGAUAAAAAAAUUGGAGUAAAUCAACCAAAGCGAAUUGAAAAUGCUAAAAUUCUUAUUGCAAAUACUGGUAUGGAUACAGACAAAAUAAAGAUAUUUGGUUCCCGUGUAAGAGUUGAUUCUACAGCAAAGGUUGCUGAAAUAGAACAAGCAGAAAAGGAAAAAAUGAAGGAGAAAGUUGAACGUAUUCUUAAGCAUGGGAUAAAUUGCUUUAUUAACAGGCACUAAA